GCAUGAAUGGUUACAGGUUUUGUGAAAAAAGAAAAUCUUAUAAAAGUUUUCUUUAAAUCACUUCAAGUUAAUGUGUGAAGGGGUGGGUGUUUAAAUUAUCACAGCGGGCUUUGGAAAGAAACUGAAACAUUCUCCUACAGCAGUUAAGUGUGGGCUUUUCAAAAGCCUCCCAGGAUUCUUGAAUGCUUUGCUUAGUUAUGUUUAAUCUGUUGUCUUGAGUUUGGACAGGUACAGUUUGUGUGGUCAAUCUUUAGGGAGAGUAUAUUCUGAACAAUUUCUUACCCGUACGUAGGGUUUUCUUUGAGGAAUUAGAGGUUUUUCUUUUUUUUAUGGCUAAACGUGAGAAAGGAUAAAACUUGAAACAUUGCUGUUUUCUAAAAAUCAUUGCUUUAUCUCAGAAGAAUAAAACCUAAGUUUGGAUCUUUAGUUCCUUUUUUCUUAAGUCUUUUAUGUUUGUCUAACACAUUUUUCUUACUGCUUAAAGAUUAAAAACUCUAUUCUCCCAUAUUUUCUAAUGUAAUCAUCCCUCUGUUCUAUAAUCUGGGGAGUACAUGUGGUGAGUUAAUUGAUCAUUCCAUAAACCUUGCAUAGUUACUGUUCUCUUUUGAAAAAGAUUAUGUGUUUAUUUUUAAAAAAAUAUUCUUGAGUUGAGUCUAGGCACAGUGGCUCACGACUGUAAUUAUAGCACUCUGGGAUGCUGAGGUGGGUGGAUUGCUCAAGCUCAGGAGUUCUAGACCAGCCUGAGCAAGCGGAAGACCCUGUCUUUACUAAAAAUGUAAAAAAAACUAGGCGGGCAUCCUGGCAGGUGCCUAUAGUCCCAGCUACUUGGGAGGCUGAGGAAAGACAAUCACUCGAGCCCAAGAGUUUGAGGUUGGUGUGAACUAUGAGGAUGCCAGGGAACUCUACCCAGGGCAACAGAGUGAGACUGUGUCUCAGAAAAAAAAAAAAAAAGGAAACCAAAGAAAGAAAGAUACUCUUGAGUUGAAAGCCUAUGGAACAAUUGUAUUAGUUGUAUAAUGGGAAAGUAAAAUUUCCAUUCUUCUACUUCAUUCACUACCUGGAAGCCUUUCUGUUUGUUAUAGUGUAGUUCAAUAUAGACUUAAACUUGAGUCUGUAUCUCCUGAGAGCCGUGUUUUUGUGGCUUAGUGUCCAACUGGAUGAUAGACCUUGCCUGGAGUGGGAGGACAAGCAGAUCUUCCCUUAGAAGAUAUAGAAAAUGCAAGAAUGUUUUUAUCCGCAGGACUGAUGUGACAUGAAGGCGUACCUAGAGAACCUUGAUGAUCACAGAACCUGUAGGAGUUUAUGACGCCCAGAGGAUUUAUUAAAUAGGGAUCUCCUUGUGCAGUUUGCCAAAUUUGUUAAAUCAUCCAAGUCUCCUGAGGUGUAGCUCAUUGACCUGGGAAAUUAUACUUUUAAAAGCACCCCAAGUGAUUUCUUGGAUGUCAGCAGAAGCUACUGGACCCUCAUUCAUUCUUUUUUGUGUCUCUUGGGAAGUCAUCAGGUCGCCUGGUUAUGCUUUUACAGACUCUUCCUUGCAAAUAAAGAGCCAUAAAAUUUGAGGAAUUUGCUAGUUGACCACCAGAACAGACUGUGAAUGACAGAGAGGAAGUGAAGCUUCCCAGUAAUCAGUCUUUGCAGUGUUAGGAAGGCCCGUGCUCCUUGGAGUGACUGAGACUAGAAUGUGUGUGGCAUUCUGGCUGAUGAUAUGAAACAGAAGUCCCAGUUUUGGUGACUUUGUCUUUCAGGGAUGUUCCUAAUAUCCCUCUGCUUAUAUUCCCUCCAGUGAACUACUGUUCUGACAGCAGAUCUUCCCUCUUCCUCUGGUGUAUGCCUUUUGUUAUUUUCUCCACAGAGGGCCACAGAGUCUUUUUAAUCUUAAGGAUACAUUGAUUACAAAUUUAUGUGUUUCUCCUACAUGGAAGUACUUGGUCAGCUCCUCAUUGUACGUGUGACGUCUCUUGGUAACUAAACAUCUUUUAAAGUCUGAUGAGAGUGCAAUAAGUACUUUGUGGGAUCUUGUUCUGUCUCUUGCCAGGGCUCUAAAAGUAUGUUCCUUCCUCAUCUCUGUCUUAGGGUUUCUGCUGCUGCUCUAGAGGGCUCACCCCUCUCCUUUCAUCUGUACUUCUCUAGCCCUGAUACACACUUAGAGUCCAGUCUGUUACUUUGCAUGUGGAGCAGUUCUGCACAAGCCUUCUACCCUGUGCCAUGUGUUUGAAAGGGAAUCCCAUCAUCCUUACUAUUCAGUAUCAUCUGUCAAAAUUCUGGACUCAGCUAUGUAAUCUCAGUUACCUAUAACUUCUCUUCCUCAAACCUUAGAAAGUAUCAACAAAUGGUAACUUGUUUCCUUUCCUUCAUCACUUAUUCUAACUUAUUACCAAGUCUUGUCACUUGUUUGAAUUUUUGUUGCCUCUUUUUUAUAUGUUCCAAAAUAUGUAUACCACUUUUUCUUUUCUUUUCUUUUUUUUUUUUUUGAGUUUAAAUGCAUUUUAUUUUUAAACAACCUACAUGACAUGUUUUUCCUUAAAAACAAUGCCUCCACUCCAAAUAAAUCACGGUCAAAAUAAAUGAAGAGCUCAAGAUGACAUCAGUCCCGUUUGUCUUAAGUCCUGGUGUUGUGUGGAUGACAAACAGCAGCCAGUUAUGAUAACAGGUUAAACCCAUCCAUAGUAAUGGCUGCAGCCUUACCCAGGACCCUGGGGGAGUUGCAGUUGUAUAGAAUAUUACAAAAAGCCAAUCUACUUUCUUAUUUUGAUGCCUUUAUCCAACAAGGUGGUGAUGAUGUCCAGCAACUCUGUGAAGCUGGAGAAGAGGAAUUUUUGGAAAUCAUGGCACUCGUGGGCAUGGCUAGCAAGCCCCUUCAUGUUAGAAGGCUCCAAAAGGCUUUGAGAGACUGGGUUACAAACCCUGGCCUUUUCAAUCAGCCACUGACUUCCCUUCCUGUCAGUAGCAUACCUAUUUACAAAUUACCAGAAGGAUCACCAACAUGGCUGGGAAUAUCCUGCAGCAGUUACGAAAGGAGUAGCAAUGCUCGGGAACCUCAUUUAAAAAUCCCCAAAUGUGCUGCCACCACCUGUGUGCAGAGCUUGGGACAGGGGAAGUCAGAUGUGGUGGGGAGCUUGGCGCUGCAGAGCAUUGGUGAGUCCAGACUCUGGCAAGGCCCCCAUGCCACUGAGAGUGAGCACAGUCUGUCCCCAGCAGACCUGGGCUCCCCAGCCUCCCCAAAGGAAAGCAGUGAGGCUCUGGAUGCUGCUGCUGCACUCUCUGUGGCCGAGUGUGUGGAGCGAAUGGCCCCCACACUGCCCAAAAGUGACUUGAACGAAGUGAAAGAGCUGCUAAAGACGAACAAGAAGUUAGCCAAAAUGAUUGGUCACAUCUUUGAGAUGAGCGAUGAUGAUCCACACAAAGAAGAGGAAAUCCGGAAAUACAGUGCAAUAUAUGGCAGAUUUGACUCAAAGAGAAAGGAUGGGAAACAUCUUACGCUUCAUGAGCUCACUGUUAAUGAAGCAGCUGCUCAGCUCUGUGUGAAGGACAAUGCCCUGCUGACAAGAAGAGAUGAACUGUUUGCUCUGGCUAGGCAGAUUUCUCGAGAAGUCACCUAUAAAUAUACCUACAGAACCACCAAGUCAAAAUGUGGAGAAAGAGAUGAAUUAUCCCCAAAGAGAAUUAAAGUGGAGGAUGGGUUUCCAGAUUUCCAGGAUUCCGUGCAAACACUCUUCCAGCAGGCAAGAGCUAAGAGUGAAGAACUGGCAGCUCUUAGUUCACAGCAGCCUGAAAAGGUGAUGGCAAAGCAGAUGGAGUUCCUCUGCGCCCAAGCUGGCCAUGAGAGACUGCAGCGCGCCGAGAGAAGGCUGUCUGUGGGACUGUACCGGCAGAACUCAGAAGAGCACAGUCCUAAUGGCUUGACCUCUGAUAACUCAGAUGGACAAGGAGAAAGACCAUUGAAUCUCCGAAUGCCUAAUUUACAGAACAGACAACCCCAUCAUUUUGUGGUGGAUGGGGAGCUGAGCAGACUUUACUCAAGUGAGACAAAGUCCCACUCAUCAGAGAGCCUUGGGAUUUUAAAAGACUACCCUCACUCAGCUUUUACCUUAGAAAAGAAAGUCAUCAAAACAGAGCCUGAAGAUUCAAGAUAGCUGUGAUUCUCUCACUGUUUUCUGGAAAUGGCAUCAGAUUUAAGGAUAAUACUCCAUCAUAGAAAUAAGCCUUAAUAACCAGUGUUGCCUCAUUCAGCUCAAACAGAUUUCAUAGCCAAAGCAUAAGGACUAAUAGAGUAGUCGGUGGAAACCAGGAAGACAAAACAACGGGCACAAAAUAAAACCAAGAGGGUUGCAAUCUGUAACUGAAAUAUUGAUCCAUUAACAUUCCUGUGCAAGUCAUUUGUGUGGAAAGUCUUACAAAUUAAUAUUGUAAGCACUCACUAUUUAAGAAUGUACAAUGUAUUUGUGUAAUUUAUAGAAGUAAAAUCUAGAUGUUGAGACCCAUUUGGUCCAAUAGACAUGAAUACAGUUUAUUUUACUUGAAAUUUUGUCUACUUUGUGUAUUUAGCAUAAACAUUUAUGUCAGAAUUUAGAAUCUCUGCAAUUACGUAAAAAGAAAGCUUAAGUGAUGUACUUAUUGGCAAGGUUGCAAUAAGGAUGGAAAAAUGGAGAGCAAAUACUCAAUUUAAACCAAGGAAAAUAUUGUGGAUUUAAUAUUUGAUAAAAGUGCUUUUUGUUUAACAGGAAAUGUGUAGCAUUUGUUCAUGUAAUAUCUGCUUAUCAGUGCACAUUUACAUAAUAAAUACUGGAGGAAAAAGUUAAAAAGAUGAGCAAUAGAGUAGAAAAUAGUUCUUAACUGAUUGACUCAGAUUGUGUUAAUAGCUACUUAGAUGUUUCUAAAGAUAGGAAGCUGUGUCUUGGACAGAUAACUUAAAAAAAAAUGGACCAAUGUGUUAAGAGGCUUGACUUAAAUAUUGAUAUUUCAGAGUGUGUUAAAUAGAUUAAAACGGUAAAUUAACCCUACAUGUGAUAAAGAUGGUGCCUGUUAACAAGGACUGUAAUAGAUUAAGUACCGUUUUAUAAAAUAUCCAGCCAUUCUUCUCUAUAUCUGAGAGUCAGAGAGUCUACAUGCUUUCACUGGGGGAUAUCUUGCCACUCACCCACCACACCUGUGGCAAUCCCUGCAUCCACAUCUGCAAGCAUAUUUCUGUUGAAGUUGAGUUGACACCUAUCCUCGUUAUUUAUUUUAGGAUGUCGUUUUUGUACACUUUACAGAUCGUGAAUGCAGUUUUUUCUUUAAAUUCAUCUUGACAGUAUGUUUUUAAUUCCCCCUAUUUAAUUACUGGACCGUGUGUAUAUGUAUAUGUGGGGGUGUGCUUGAAUGUUAAUAAUACACUUGUGUGUACUUAAGAGAAUUUCACAUCCGACUCUAUAGUGGUUAAAAAAACAAAUAACAGUAUCUGCGAUAUACACCUUUUCUGUUGGUGUAAGAGAAGAUAAUUUGACAGCUUUAUCUACAUCGUACAGAUUGAUCUAAACCCAGAUGUUGCCAAGAAGAGUGUAUUGACAUGGAAUGCGUAUUUUUUGUUUUCAGUGCAGCUCUAGAUCAAAACUGCCUAACAAAUAUUAAGUCAUAAUCUGUUAUACUAAGAUUUGUCAGCCAAAUGUUAGAUGAGAUGUCUGCACUGUAGUCUCAGAUCACUGUCACAUAUAUAAUUGCUUUUUCAUGUUGGUUUGUAGAAGAGCUUUACAAUAGAAACACCAGUAAACAACUUUUAUACCAUUAAAAGGCUUUUUUCCCCUUAAAUGUUUUAGUUGUACCAUAGCGUUUUGCUCACUGAAGAAACUUCUUAUGGACCUUGCAACUUUGUUGCUAGCUUGAGGUUGAUUAUCGUAUUUGUAUUGUUUACUGUGUGUAGAAAUAGUAUGAGUACAAUUUAAAUAGACUGUUCAGUUUUUAAUAUUAGCCAUAGCACUGGUUAGUAUCUUAGUAGUUUCAUGAAACGUUUCCUGUAUUCUAAUCUAUUCUGAGAAAUUUUGUGGGUUUUUUUUAAUUGUGUCUUACAGUUCAAGUUUGUAGAUUUUAAUAAGCAACAAUUUUUAAAGAUGCAAUCUUCUUCCAACUUACAUUUAUCCAUCUUUAGUGGACCCACAAAUUGCAUCUUUAAAUCCAUAAAUAAGUUUCCUUAAGUAUCAUAUCAUACUUUUGCAGUCUUUCAAGCUUAGUUAUAAGGGGGAAGUACAAGAAAAACUUCAGUAGAAUACAGUUUUUAUUUUGUAAACACUAAUGUAUUAAACUUGCUAUACAUUAAAGCAAAUAAUAUAUAUUUUUAUUUGAAUUGUAUAUAUGAAUUGGAUGUUAUACCUAGUUGAUUUUUUUCAUUUUGUUAGAGGUAUUUUCACUGAACAAGGUCAAUUGGUUACCUCAGUAUUACAGCCAAUAUAGUCCAACGGACCAUUUCUGCCCUAGUCUGUGUUACUCUUUGUGUGAAGUCUACGUUUUUGUGACUCUCUAAGCUGUUGGUGAGGUGGGACGAGUGCACUUGCUUCCUGUGGCAAUAAAGAUUUUCUGUGCCUCAC